GUGGUUUGUGCAUUUUUUGAGCGCACCACCGCCAACAGCACUUGACCGGUCGAAAGGAUGGACUCGGGAAGUCCACCGCGCCAUGUCCAAUGGGGUUCUUAUGUGGAUGAAGAGGAGGUGGAGUAUGAAGAGGAGGGGGAGGGGGAGGAGGAGGAGGAGGAGGAGAAUGAUGGCUUUGUUGGGGAGUCUGAAGGGUAUGAAGAAGAGGAAGAGGUGUGUGUGGAAGGGGAUGACGAGUUUGACGAGGAAGAAAGUGAAGUGCUGGAAAUGGAGGAACAGGAACAGGAACAGGAACAGGAACAGGAAACCGGCAAGGCUGAAGAGGCAGGCCAAACAUCCCGUCCCGUGGGCCAAUUCUCAUUUCUUAGCCGUAAACUGUCCGUUUGGGACACCAGCAAGUACAUCAGUAAGUGGAAGCUGGCUCACAUAUUACAAUACCACCUGAAGACCUUCUGCAACGACGAGACCCACCGCAAGUUUGUCGCCCAACAGGAGAGGGACUGCAAAUCCAGUGUUCCACUUCCCAUUGUGUGCAUGAUGGAAAAAGAAGCUCUAAGCAUUUUGGAGAAGACAGAGAGGACAUACAGAUCCAGGUUCGGGGCCAACCACCAGCUGACCAAAGACGUGCAGGAGCGCAUCAGUGCGCUAAGGACCCGCCUGGCUGCCCGGUACGGCAGCGCCCCUCCCUGCGCAGCCUCCGCCUGGCAGAGCUUCCUCCUGGACUGGUUCCCCUGGCUCUCCACCUGGCUGAGGAAACUGCAACACUACAGAUACUUAGCGCAAAAGAAAAAGAGGGAGAGAAAGAAGAAAUGGAGGAUGCAGGUCGGUGGAGGAGAGAAUGUGGACGGGGCUCCUGAUGUUCCACUGGAGGAUGAAGAAGAAGAGGAGGAGGAGGAGAACGACGGAAUGAUGGAUUCCAUGAAAGGGUGGGUGGUGGACACUGUGAGGAGGGUGUCCGUCUACUCCGGACUGAUCCCCGAUGAUGAGGAAGAAAAAGAUCCGGACGCCACCGCCAAAACAGAAGAGCGGCGUGGAUGGCGCCAGUGGAUGGGAGACGUCCUGAAGAGAGCGUCCGAUGCGGUUGUAGGCCAGCAGCCACACGGACAAGGAGAGCAUCUGGCCGAUGGAACAGAGGAACCGCGUGGAUGGCGCCAGUGGAUGGGAGGCCUUCUCAAGAGGGCAUCUGAUGCUGUCGAGGGCAGCAAGCGUGGUGGAGAGGAUGACAACAAGCUCAAGAAACCAGCAGAGAAACCGGAAGGAGAAGGGGAAAAGCUUCAGCUGCCAACCCAGGGCCAAGGAGAGGAGCCUCCCCACGUAGACGUGCAGGAGACUGAGGAAGGGCAGCCUCGCCCGUCUGGUUGGAACCAGCAGCUGAGGAACAUGGUCAGUUCAACAUUGCCCACUAAUAUCGGGACUCACCAGGCUGAAUGGAGCCAGAGAGUGAGGAACACCAUCAGGCGUCUAUCGGACGGUGCUUCGGCCACGCAUGAACACGAGACGAUUCCCAGUGAGCAGCUGCCUGGUGAGGAGGAACAGCAGCAGCAGCAGCAACAGAGGCAGGCAGGCUGGGGCCAGAGGCUGAGGAACAUGGUCCAGCUGCCUGGAGGACGUGCAUCAGUCACACCUGAAGAUGAGAUGAUUCCCAUGGACCAGCUGCAGAGUGACAGUGAGGGGCAGCAGCAACAGCAGCAGCAGAGGCAGCAGCCGUCUCGGCCACGCUGGGAGCAGCGGCUGGCCGCCCUGAGGGGACAGAGAGCCACACCACAGGAAGGGGACAUGGAGAGUGAUGACCAGGAGGAGCCGGGUGACAACCAGGUGCCACCCCAACCCAGUCAGUCACAGCAGCAACACCACGAUGUGUAAACUUGCAUCUGUGUUUGGGGAUUUGCUUGGGACUGGGAGAUGAGAUUUUUGUUGCAAUAUUAGAUGGCAAGGACGUUUUUUCUGUGGCAAAUAAAUUCUACGUCAAAAUGUAA